AACUCUGACCAAAACCAGGCAAUGACCAACGCAGACCAAGACCAGGCAACGACCAACACUGACCAAGACCAGGCAACGACCAACACUGACCAAGACCAGGCAACGACCAACGCUGACCAAAACGAAGCAACAACCAACGCAGACCAAGACGAGGCAACGACCAACGCUGACCAAGACGAGGCAACAACCAACGCUGACCAAGACCAGGCAACGACCAACGCAGACCAAGACCAGGCAACGACCAAUGCUGACCAAGACCAGGCAAUGACCAACGCUGACCAAAACGAGGCAACAACCAACACUGACCAAGACCAGGCAACGACCAACGCAGACCAAGACCAGGCAACGACCAANGCUGACCAAGACCAGGCAACAACCAACGCUGACCAAAACGAGGCAACAACCAACACUGACCAAGACCAGGCAACGACCAACGCAGACCAAGACCCGGCAACGACCAACGCUGACCAAGACGAGGCAAUGACAAACGCUGACCAAGACGAGGCAACGACCAACGCAGACCAAGACGAGGCAACGACCAACGCAAACCAAGAAAGAGCAGUAUUAGUAGAUAGUUAAUGGAAAUAUACAUCGUUAAUCAUUCACUCAGAUUUGAUGUUUUGGGUCUAACAUACCUAAAUUUUGUAACAUGACUCUUUGUCUGCUGUAAAUACCUCAUUUUCUUCAUAGUCUUUGUUUUAAUAUUUUAUACUCAGAGGAUGCUACAACAACAUUUCACUGCUGUACCACCGUCUUUAACAUGGCUUCCACAGUGACAAUGAAGAAUUAUUCUAUUCUAUUGUUUUCUUCAAUGUUUUACACUUUGUUUGGCUCUGAAGGCCAAGGUUCAUGACUUUCAAGACAAGAAUUAUGUUCUUGCAAAUGUAUGACUCAGUGGCAUGAAAAACAAUAGCGUUCUAGUAAUAGCUUCUCAGCUCCUCUUGUUGAACUUUGAUCUUAUGAUUCUGCAAUGACAGUGUCCAUGAAUUCAUGCAGGAGUCUUGUCAUGAGAAGAUGUUCAUUAUAAAUGAAGCCCUGGAGGUUAAACUAUAUAGAGUCCUCUGUUCAAAAUGGCAAAACAUAAAAAUAAAUCUGUAAAAUUCACACUAGAGGUCACCAGGAUUACGUCGUCACCAGAACCACAUCACAUGUGGUUGGAUAAGCAUGUCUUCCUUAACUUGACCAAUAGAUAAGCACAUGGUUGAUUAUUUUGGAUUGUUAUGUAUUGGUUUAGAAAAAUACUCACAAAGUAUUACUGGUCUGAUAAACAGACGACUUCAUCCUUGUUUGCUCAACAUUUUUUCUGUAAAACAAAAAAGAAUAAAUUUUGUGAGACCAAAA